AACUGGUCACACUCCGAGGCGGUGCGGAGUAACUUCUCAAUGUGAACGCACUCGAGUACAGUGUGGUCAAAACAUAAGGGCUGUUGCCUCAGUUCUCUGGCGUAGCUUGGCUAUGAUGUCUCGGGCGUGCUACACAGGACUUUGUAGAUGUGAGCUUUCAGAAAUGGUUACCGGUAAGCUGCUCGGACUUGAAUUAGUACACACAUACCUACGAUCAAGAAGUCGGUUUCGGACUCGAGUAUUUCGAAAGGAUCGUAAGCAUAGCCAAACUUGGAAAGAGUGCAAUUCCAAAUCGUCCUCCGGUCACUGGGCAAUGAUGUUUGGCUGUCUUCUAGUUGACGGAUGAUUCAAAGCUACCUAAUUUUCUCUUUGUUCUGCUCUGAUUCUCUCGGUUUCGAGUAAUUGAUAACCUAUCUCAAUUCGUUGCUAUAAUGUUUCAG